AUGGGCGCCUGUCUGAGACAGCUGGCUGCAUUCCGGAAUGAGGAAGAGCGCAUGUUCAGUGAGGAGGAAGAACAGAAACUGCAGAGUGCUCUGUCAUUGGACAAGCAGGCCCUCUGUCUGGUUCUUCAUUCUAGAACAGCAUGUUUUGAGCUAGACAAGGCUGUUUAUCAUCAUGUUAAGCCAGCCUCCCUGAAGCAGCAGUUUGAGAACAUCCAUCUCUCCCCAGAGAAGGCGGAGGCCUUCUGCCGGGCCUGGACCACUGUCGGCCCAGAUGUCGUGGAGAAGGUCUGGCAGAGAAUUUUCACCCCCAAAAAGAGUGUGGAGAUCGUGUUUUUGGAAUUCAGCCACCAGGAGCUGCUUGAGUUCUACAAGAGUGGGAAGGAGGUGCGUAUAAGACUGUCAUCCAACUUCACUUUGUCGUUCAAUUGA